GUUCUUAUUGCUAAGCUCUGAAAUCCCAGGUGGCUCGACUUCGAUCUGUUUGUUCACUGAAGUCAAACAAACAUGGUGAAAGCAGUGGUCGGAGAAGAAAGCCAACUCCAGCUAGCUGAGGAUCGUCUCUCCCGAUCUUCAGAACCGGCUCAGGUUGGUCUGGUGAUAGGGAAACUCAACUCCGCUCUGGACCGCGGCUUCGUGUUCGAUUUAGUACCCACUCCUCAAAACGACGCCGGACAACCAGCUUGUUCGGUUUUGGAGCCAGCAAAAGACAACAAGAAAAAAGGAUCGAAAUCCAAAUCUCAGACGUCUGAUUCUUCCUCUAAUUUGGUCAUUGACAAGGAUUGGGUCGCUGAACAUGCUCGCCAAUUGUCAAGAAUGAUGGUGGGUGGAAUCAAAGUAGUGGGUAUUUAUGUGUGGGCAAGUGAGUCCGCUUUCAAGAAUUCGACCAUGGUGCUUUGCCAGACUGUGAAGGGAGUUGCUGAAGCAGCUUCCACUUUGGAGGAUGACCUUGAUGAAAGAUUGCUUAUUCACAUAUGUUAUAGCCCAAGGAGAUGGACAUGUCGGAAUUGUACACUGUCAUCAAAUAUUACGUCAAGCAGCUUACGGCCUUGUGACUUCAAAAUGGGGAGGGUCUUAACUUCUCUUCAAACUUUUAAGUGCUUGUACAAUUUUGAUCUUAGGCUGCCAAUUUAUCAAGAGAAAACAUCAAAAUCUGAGACGCUUGUUGAUGUUCUCUAUAAUGGAAUUUCUAAUUACGUUAAAGAGCUGCGAGGUGCAAAAGCUGUGAUUGAUGGGAACCUGGUUGUUAAUGAUGAAGCAUGCACCACAGAGGGUUUGCAUGAAGUUGAGUUGCUUCUACCAUUUAUGAAGGAUAUGUACAUUGAAGCAUGCAGCCAGAAAGAUGUUGUAGGUGUUGUCAAUUUUACUGGCUCUCUAUGUUCCUUUUCAUUCUUGAAUUCCAAGGAACCAAUUUCACAAGCUGUUGCUGAUAUAAAGGAUGAUAUCAUCAGGAGUUUGCGAAGCAGGCUCGAUAUUAUUUGCGAUGAAGCAGAUGAAGACCCAGGGCCAAUCGACAAUGGAAUUAAGGAAGCAGGAAAUGACUUAGCUUCUGAGAAGCCGGUUUCCCAACUCGUUUUACACUCCUUGAGGAAAAAUUGCAAUCUUUCACUACCUCGGAGAGUCUUUGUUCCAUGGUUGGCGGGUACAUAUAUCUGUGACUAUCUCCAACCAUCAGAGACACUUGAGGUUUUAAAAGAUCAUUGUGUUGAGUUGAUGUCCAUGGAAGCUCCAAAUGAUGCAUCAAAAAUAUUGGAACCUGAAGAAGAAGCCAUUAGAGUGUCCACUAGAUCUUUUUGGGAUGUAGUUCUCCCUUACUGUUCGACAUCAAGCUCUACCCAAGAAAAGAACAUGGAAAUUACCGGCAAAGAAAAUAGCCAGAAAACUAGCAAGUCAGCCAGUCUCUACUUCAUUGCAGCCGUUAUCAUCCUCCUCCUCUCAGUAUUAGUAGGUUUCGUGUUUGUAAGAAAAUCAUAGUGCAGUGGGUGAACAUUUCGCUAGUAAUAUGGAGCCUUUUUAGAACCAAUAUCAUAUCAAGUAGUGUUAUGAUUGAUUACCUCAAAUUAUAAUAGAAAGGAAAUUUUGUUCUGAGAACCAUUUUCAAUGCCAUUGGACAUUUUUUUAUUGAAAUGGCAAUAGUUUUUUAUGAGAA